UUGGAGAAAAAAAAAAUGAAAGGUGCCUGAACAAGGGAUAGUGUCUGGUACACUAGGCUGAGCUUUAGUCCUACAGCUCUUAGCACUUCAGUCAGGAAAUUAUUUGUAUGCGAUCCACAUGAGCAUGCAAGCACAGCCUGGGAGAUGUCGGUGUGCUGAAUUUCUUUCCUCCUGAUGAUGUGUUAUAGGAAACAAAAGUCGUUGUGAAGGAUGGCUAUCCGAGAGCUGAAAGUUUGCCUUCUGGGGGACACAGGGGUAGGAAAAUCAAGCAUAGUUUGUCGGUUUGUUCAAGACCAUUUUGACCACAACAUCAGCCCUACUAUUGGUGCUUCAUUCAUGACUAAAACAGUGCCUUGUGGGAAUGAGCUGCACAAAUUUCUGAUAUGGGACACUGCUGGACAGGAACGUUUCCACUCAUUGGCACCUAUGUACUAUAGAGGAUCAGCGGCUGCUGUUAUAGUAUAUGACAUUACAAAGCAGGACUCAUUCCAUACACUGAAGAAAUGGGUGAAGGAACUGAAGGAACAUGGACCAGAGAACAUUGUUAUGGCUAUUGCUGGAAACAAAUGUGACCUCUCUGACAUCAGAGAAGUAACGAUGAAAGAUGCAAAGGAGUAUGCAGAAUCUAUUGGAGCAAUUGUUGUUGAAACUAGUGCAAAGAAUGCCAUCAAUGUUGAAGAACUCUUCCAAGGCAUAAGUCGGAGAAUUCCUCCCUUGGAUCCUCAUCCGAAUGGUUCUAAUGACGCAAUGAAACUUGGAAGACAAUCCAUACAGUAUACAAACAGAUGCUGCUGAUCUGACCGGUUACUCUGUGUUAAAGUAAACACAUGUAAUGGCUAAGUUCACUCAAGGGGUUGGCUACCAACAAGGAGCAGUCCAUUGGAAUCAAAUGACAACUAGAUGAAACAAGAACAAGACAGAUGUAUAAACACCAAUAUUAUGUAAUUAAAGGAAAAAAAAUUGUUUACAGAUAGUUUGUAGUUCAAUUAUGUUUACUUGUUGUGAAACAAAUAUUGUAACUGUACAACUUUUUUUUUUUAAAGGAUUUGUUUUUAGUGUGAAAUACAUUGAGAUAACUAGUUCCCUUUAUGGAACACAGCAGUUUUUAGGGUGUAGUAAUAUACUAUUGCAAAUUUGCAACGAUGUCCAAAUUUCUCAUUGGAUGUUUUUUAUAUUAGUCAUGUACAGAUGUAUCCACCGUUAUCUUGAGUAGUUUUCUGUGCCUAGUCACAACAUGACUUAUUAUUCUGAAGCAGGAUCUUAAUAAAUAUGUCAUUCAGUGGAAAUGAAGGAAAUUUCCGUGCAAGUCUUUACUAAUGGUGUGAACACACGGUGAGAUAUUUUCUUACGAUUUUGACUAUAUAGUCAAAAUCGUAAGAAAUAAUGACAAUGGGUUUUCACAGGUAAGAAAAGUUAGUGCAGAUCGCAAGGUGAAAGUCACCUUGCGAUCCCGAUUCCAUGCCGAUGCGCGGUCCCGUGCGGUCGGCAUCGCAAGACUAGAUAGACUGUGCAGGCAAAUCAAUUUUGACUAUCUCUAUAGAAGAGAUAGUCAAAGUUGACACUUAGCCAAAAUCGCACAUGGUCAGUAUCGCAAGCACACAAUGAGUGUGCUUGCGAUACUGACUAUGUGCCGACCUACCCCCUGUCGCAUAGUGAGAAUCGGGCAUAGCCUGAAUCUCACCGUGUGUAUGGGCCUUAACACUGCAAUAGUCCUGACUCCUACUCUUAGAGAGUUAGCAAAUGAAAGUUCUGAAUAAUGCUGUUUGAAAAUUAAUAUAAUACAGAUUAGCUGUACCUGACACCAUCAGUGAAGUAGUCACAUCAUUAGGUUUUUUUUAGCAAAGAAAUCUGGAUGUGGAAGAUCCUGGACUCUGUCAGAGCCCAAUAGGAGACAUCAUUCAACUUUUUCCUACAAUCCUAAUGUUUGGUGAAUCACGCUCUUAAUAGCGAUCUUUCCCAAGAAAUAGUAAAAGUGCAAAUUGUAAUAGUGGAAACAUCAAAUAUUUGCAUUUUGUGCUGUAGUGCUUGAUCUCUGAAAAAAAGAAAAAAGGCAUUCAAAUGGAAUAAAUCUAUUAUAUGUCACCAUUUUUAUAAUGUAAUACAGGGAUGGGGAACCUUUGGCCCUCCAGCUGUUGUUGAACUACACAUACCAGCAUGCCUUGCUACAGUUUUGCUAUUUGGCCAUGCUAAAACUGUUGCAGGGCAUGCUGGGAUGUGUAGUUCAACAAUAGCUGGCGGGCCGAAGGUUACCCAUCCCUGAUGUAAUACAAUAAAGAAAAACGUGCAGAAUGUUUAAUCACCAGCCCAAGCUCACAUAGCAAUAAUAACUGUACAGUGUUCUGAGUCUUUAUUUAAUCAUCUGGACAAGCUGAGCUAUCUAGUGACUGACUUUGGUUAUAUAUAAUACCGCCGAUGUUGAACUGCAUAUUUUUAAUUCCUAGAUAGUUUAAUACUUUAUUUGCACUUUAAAAAAACAAAGGGAGAGUUAUCAUUUACAUUAGUUUUAAUAUACUAGGAUAACCCAACUAGAAGAGGGCUUUCCCAUAGAAGGCGGGCAUACCCUUGAACCCUUGCUGUUACUUGCAGUAAGACUGAAUUGUCUUAAGGAGGAGCUGCAUAUAUAGAAUUGCAUAUUCUAUGAUUUACUUAACACAUAACUCAGAAUGUCACAUGCUACAUUUUAUUUAGUCAUGAAAGGUGAAAUAAUUAUUUAUUUUGGCACCAUGAUAAUCUUAGAACACAUGCUGCUCCAAAUGCAACUACAGGCAGGUGCUUAUAAAGUAGGGGGACUCUGUUCAUUAGAUUGCGUCCUCCUCAAUUGUCAGUUCAUACAUAGAAAUCGCACUGUCCAAUUCCCAGGUACUUGCAGAGGCAGCAGAUAACAAGCAGGUACCACCCUCAGGGACAGGGGCCUGACCCUGCAAUGUGGUUGGAGUGAAGGGACCACAUCAUCGUUUUUUUCACACCUCUAGCAGGACUCCUGUGCAUGUGCGGUCUACUGACAGGGAGGGUUCCAGAGGAACACCCUCUUCCGGUAACUUUUGCGAAGUGUAACCCAUAGGAUAUAAUGGCCUAACGCCAUCUUCAGAUGGCAUUUGCUGCAGGGGCCCAAUCUCUGGGAUGAUAAAUCUGACAGGUUUGCAUCCCCAUAGAAAUCUAUGGAGGCUAGGGUAUGGGUCGUUGGAUAGACACAACUUAGGUCGACAGUCAUUAGGUCGACCAUGGAAGGUUGACAUGCAUUAGGUCGACAGGGACAAUAGGUCAACAUGGUCAUUAGGUCGACAGGUCAAAAGGUCGACAUGGGUUUUUUUACUGUUUUUGGCGUCGUUUUCUUCAUAAAGUGACGGGGAACCCCAAUUAGUGCACCACGUCCGCUCGCCAUGCUUCGGGCAAGGUGCUCCGCUAACGCUGCGCUCGGCACAGGUUACCAUUCCAAUCGUAGCCCACGUGGAUCGAUAAGUAUGAAAAAAUCCCCCCCCCCAAAAAAACAAUGUGAAAAGCUCAUGUUGACCUAGUACAUGUUGACAUAAUGACCAUGUCGACCUAUUGGCCAUGUCGACCUAAUGCAUGUUGACCUUCAGUGGUCGACCUAAUGACUGUCGACCUAAGCUGUGCCGACCGAACGACCGUCCCCCGGAGGCUGCAUAUGCUGUCAGAAAUGGAGGGAGCACAUCAGAUAUUGGAGAUUUCUGCAGCGGUCCCUCCAUGGUACAUCAGGGGGAUACUUAAUAUUCAUGGAUAUCCCAUAGAAAUGGGUGUUUUCAGGGAAUAUCUUACAAAUUUUAUUUGAUAAAUAGGCCCCGUGAUGAAAUAACCUAUGACAUUUAUAUUUGUUGUUGCCAAUGGAAAAUAAAAUGUUGCAUGGAAAAUACAUUGAAACGUGAUGGUAUGAACUGAAUUAUAAUUGUCACUGUGCUUGAGUAUACUGCUUGACUGACCAAAGUUGUCAUGAUUUGUGUUUACUAGUGUAGUGAAUACAAAAUAAUCUGAUUUAAUCUUUCAUAUGUAUUGGUUACAAUAUACUACUUUAACCUUACUUGUUUAAACUUUUUUCACUUUAUCAAACUUUAGUGUUACUAUGUGCGAUGUUUAUUCUUUGUAUGUUUUACUCUGUAAAUUUACGACUGGGCUGGUUCCCAAUUUUUGCCUUAAUGUAUAACACCCAGAAAAUAUGUUCAUUAUUAUAAUCAUUAUAUUCUACAUUAUGUGCUUAUAACUUUAUUCAACAGCAUCAACAGAGAAUAAAUGUUUUUUUUAAAUAUGG